AUGGAGACCGUCGUGUGGCGCAACGUGGUGCUCAUGGGCCUGCUGCACCUGGGCGCCGUGUACGCGCUGAGCCUCGUGCCGCGCGCCCAGCUCCUCACCCUGCUCUGGGUGUAUUUCUACUUCCUCAUGACGACCCUGGGCGUGACAGCGGGCGCCCAUCGCCUCUGGAGCCACCGGUCCUACAAAGCCAAGCUGCCCCUGCGCAUCUUCCUGGCUGCGGCCAACUCCAUGGCUUUCCAGAACGAUAUCUAUGAGUGGAGCCGGGACCACCGCGUGCACCACAAGUACUCMGAGACGGAUGCCGACCCGCACAACGCGCUCCGGGGCUUCUUCUUCUCCCACAUCGGCUGGCUCUUGGUGCGCAAGCACCAGGACGUCAUCGAGAAGGGGAGUAARCUGGAUCUCACCGACCUGCUGGAAGACCCCGUCGUCAGGUUCCAAAGAAAGUACUACAAGAUCUCGGUGGUGCUCAUGUGCUUCGUGCUCCCCGCCGUGGUGCCCUGGUACCUGUGGGGCGAGAGCCUGUGGAACGCCUACUUCCUGGCCUCCAUCCUGCGCUACGCCGUCUCGCUCAACGUCAUCUGGCUCAUCAACAGUGCCGCGCACAUGUACGGCAGGCGCCCCUACGACAAGACUAUCAGCCCCAGGGAGAACACCUUCGCCACUGUGGGCGCCAUCGGUGAGGGGUACCACAACUACCACCACACCUUCCCUUUCGACUACUCAGCCAGCGAGCUGGGCCUGAAGUUCAACCCAACCACUUGGUUCAUUGACUUCAUGUCCUGGCUGGGCUUGGUUACCGACCGAAAACGGGUUCCGAAGGAGGUGGUCGAGGCUCGCAAAGAAAAGACCGGCGACGGCAGCGGCUGAGAAAGUAACGCUGCUCUGUACGUCAGUGCCCYUGCGUACGUGUGUGCGCGUGCACUGAAUUGGGU